AUGAAGCGCUGGGGCUUUGACAAUGUCGACGACACGAACGCAAUGUCGGCAAGCAUGGUUACGGAGGUGUAUGGCAAGUGCCACCUGCUUCUCGUCCGCUUGAAUCCGGAGGGAGUAACUUCUUCCUGGUGGAAAAAGGGCCACUGCCAUGGUGGCUUUCUUCGCAAGGAGGCCAAGGGAUACAGCCCGACUGUUCAGCUUUAUUCAGUGUGCCCCAUCACAGCCAAGCACAAUCUUCGUACCGUUUCUCACAAAACCAAAGGAGUGUUCAAACCCACAGCAGCGAGCUUCACCGUGGAGGACAAUGGAGUUGGUGUUGACUGGUCUGAUCUUGCCUGGGAACCGAAUGCCAGUGAUAUGUUGGACCUGCGAGCGGGUAUGGAGGCUCGGCCUGCAAUAGCCGAGUUUGGAUUUGGUCCCACGCAGCAGACGAUUAUGGGGAACAAGAAUGUGAAAUUACCGGAUUUCAAACAAGACGACAUUGAGAGAUUUUUUGCUCUACCCGAUAGACUCAACAUCUACACAGGCGAGAUUCUGUAUGUGGGACAAAAUUUUAUUGAAUCCGACAUCAACAGUUUCACUGUUUGCUCGGGAGCCAUUGUUUUUCUUCUUGACAAGAAUCAGCCUUCAUCGGUGGACGAAGCCGACUACGGAAAGGCUGUCGCAAUUCAUUCUGCUGCACAUCCUGUAUUGACUAAUCAAAACUACGGUUUUUUGAUCAAUGAACACCCUGUUUUCAAGGGUUUAUGA